AUUGCUGCGGCGUUAAGGACCUCCCCCCUCCCCCGUGUAUUUCCCCCUUGUUUAAUGGAUAGGGUGUUAAGAUCCAGGAGUUUAGCAUCUGUCGAUGCGAACGGGCAUGCAGGGGUGAAAGGUACUCCCGGACGGAUUGUCAAAAGUACCCGGCCUAGAUCAAAGAAGAUAAAGAUAGAAGAAGACAGUGCAGGACACACACUUGAUAAAGUAUCGAGGUACUUCAUUAAAAAAGAAGAUGAAGAUCAACAGGUGAAUAAAAUUAUUGAGGAACAUUUAAAAGUUGAAAUUAAACAAGAGGAUCUUGGAUUGAUUCCAAAAUUAGAAACGGUGAUACCUAAACUUGAAGAAAUCCCAAACUCAUUUGAACCAAAUCCACUCCAAGUGUUCAAUCAUAAGGACAAUAAAGAGCUCUUGGUAAAUGUAUUCAAGCCGGUUCAAUUAGAGGAUAUUGAAGAUAUACCAUCAAGUAUAGCACAGCCCAAGAAUUGGCUGGAAAUAUAUAAUCGAGUGGUGAAAAUGCGUGCUCUCUUUGUAGCUCCAGUGGACACUAUGGGAUGUGAAAGGAUACCAGAACAAAUUAAUUCAAACAUCCGAGAGAAUCCAAAACUAUUCCGAUACCAAUUACUUAUUUCAUUAAUGCUUUCGUCACAAACUAAAGAUGAAGUCAAUUAUGAAGCAGUACUGCGAAUGAAUCAAAGUUUUAUUGUGAAUGGGUAUCGUGAUGGACUCUGUAUUGAAGCUAUUUUGAACACAUCAGAAGUGGAUAUUGAUAGAUUAAUCCAAAAGGUUGGAUUCCAUAACAAAAAGGCUAUUUAUAUUAAAAGAAGUAGCGAGUUAUUGCGGGAUAAUUUCAAUGGUGAUAUCCCUAAAACAAUUCAAGAAAUCGUUACUUUACCAGGAGUGGGGCCCAAAAUGGGAUAUUUGCUACUACAUAAGGCAUGGAAUAUAGCAGAUGGGAUCGGUGUAGAUGUACACUUGCAUCGACUCGCUCAAAUGUGGAAAUGGGCACCUAAAUCGGAUAAACCAGAAGUUUCUCGAGUGGCUUUGCAAAAAUGGCUCCCAAAGAAAUUCUGGUCAGAAGUCAACCCACUUUUAGUUGGGUUUGGUCAAAUGGUAUGUUUACCCAAAGGUAAUAAAUGUGAUGUUUGUAGUUUGGCAACUGCGGGUCUAUGUCCCAGCGUCAAUCGGAAAUUACUCAACCAACGAGGGUCCCCUGAUAGACUUGCUCAAUUACACAAGGGUAGAGGUGAUUUAUCUCUUUUAAUUGAAGAAAUUGGGAAAUUGGCAUAAUGUAAUAUACAUAUAUAUUUUUUUUAUUUUAAUUUGGUUUUAUAAAUAUAUAAACUUAGACUGAAGAAUUGAAUGUGUAAAAACCUU